AUGGCCCGGUCGUACGGCGGCCGGGUGCUGGCCGCGAUGACCCUGCUGGGCAUUCCCGCGGCGGUGCUGGCGGCCCUGGCCGCGCAGCUGCUGUUCCAGCUGCAGGCGGGACGCGCUGAGCUGCGGGGGCCGCGCGCCGACGUGCUGGGCCCGGAGCUGGGCACCGGCCCGGGGCUGCCCGAGGACGCGGCCGGGGCGCUGCUGCCGCUGGCCGCCGCGCUGGCCGCGCUCGCCCUGGUGCUCGGCCUCACCUGCCUGCUCCUCGCGGCGCUCUGUGGCCACCUGGGCGCGGAGCUGGCGCGAGGACCCAGCCCUGGCAGGUCCGACUGGUUUCUCUACGACUGCCGCCACCUCCGGCACGUGGCCCUUGGCCUCUUCUGCUGUGGGGUCUCCGUCUACCUGGCAGCGCUGUCCAUCUAUGCCCUGCUGCUUUUCGAGAUUGAGACAGGCGCCGCGGCUGCCUCCAUCCUGGGCUCCGGUGCCCUGGUUCUGGUGGCCAUUCUGACCCACACCCUGCUCCGGGCUGCCCGGGCCACCCACCAUGGUCUCCGUGAACUGUCCCCACCGUCCUUUGAAGAUAAUUCUGCACGCCCUGCCGAAGCCUCCAAGGACAGCCCCAGGGCUCAGCCCCAGCAUGGUAUCCACCGUCGGACCCCAUAUUCAUUCUGCCUGGAGCUUGGGGACCCCCUUAGGACCAUGGCCACUGCCACAGCACCCAAAUCCCUGGGGGGAGGCCGGGAGAGCAGCCUGCCUACACCCCGCGUGCACCGGACACUGUCGACUGGCAUGGGGCCCUGGGAGGGGGUCACUCAAGAGAUGCAGAGCAUGCUGGGCCACAGACCAAGGGCCACAGGAAAGGACUCAACGCUGGUGUGA